GAUCAUACAUGAACCGGGCGGGGCAAGCGGGUGAGGGUCACAGUUACAGGUGAGGAAUGAUUUGAAUCACAUUUAGUGGGGCGGUUGUCAACCGUCGUCUUCUUCUCAACAACUGUUGACUCGGCCGACCAAGCAAGAUUCACCGCGUCGCUGAAAACCAGGGAAAUCCAUAGAAAUGGCCGCUGAUGAGCAUGAUGAUGAUUGUGGUCGAGACGAAGAACAUCAGCCUUUCACGUUUCAAAAAGAUGAGGAAGACAGAGAUUUUGACCUGGCCACCGCAGAGCCAGACGCCCCUUUGCCUCUCACUGUCACGUCUAGGGUUCUGUACAUGUUGGGGGACAUAACUGCAGGGCCGGCAUACCGUUUUGCCCAAUGGCUUGAGCUGGUCCGCAAGCGUAGCAGCAAGUAUAGGGCUUCAGGGUUCCCUCGUCGACCUCAUCACACUGAGAGUUUGCCUUUGAGCUUGGAAGAAUUCAAUAUUGAUGCAAAAACUGCUCGACCUGAACAAUCAGAAAUCAGCUUGUGGGAAAGACUUGGUAAAGCUGACAUGUUGGAUGUACAAUCAAAUACCUUCUCCUGGAGCACUCUGUCUUCUCUUCAUCAUACUGAGCACAGCAGCAGUAUUGAGCAUUCUGAGGAUGAGAUGAAUAAAGCACUGGAGGUCACUGUUAAUUCGGGUGGUGUUGUGUUCUUUGCUCUAUUUAACCAACCACCAGAAAGUGAUGAGUCUUCUCCUAAGGAAGCUGCAGCUGUCAUAAAGUUUUCAUCGUCAAGGAUGGCCACCCAGUCCGAGCGACUUGGCUAUGAAUUUGCUAAGUGGCUAGGUGUCCAAACUCCACAAGCUAGAGUCAUCCACAAUACAAGUCCCGAGUGGCUGCAAAUUAAGGAGGCUGCAGAAAAGGCAAGAGAUUCUGCUAUUGCAGAAGGAGAUGAAAUUGGUGAAAUGACUUGUUCAGAGCUUCUUGAAGCUCUAGAGCUUAGUCGCUGCCUUCUAUUGAUGGACUAUGUGCAUGGAUCUCCCUUAAUGGAAAGCUCAAGUGCUUUUGAGUCACGAGAGGUCUCAGAGAAGACAGCAACAGCACUUGGAAGGAUUUUAAUGUUGGAUCUUGUUAUAAGAAAUGAAGACAGGCUUCCUUCUCGGCAUCUUGGAUGGCGUGGGAACUCUUCAAAUUUGCUCUUGGCCGAAAAAGUAGCUUGUGCAAAUAUUCAUGCCCUCGAGGUGGCUUUUGAUUCCGCAAUCAAGAGAUAUAGACCAAAAGUAAUCAGAGCACUUCAAAAAGAAAGGAGGGCUACUUCAAUAGACAGUAGAUUGGGCUCCCCUGAAGCAGUAUUAGUACCACAAAGUUCUGAUGUCUCUGAAAUUACUGAAUCUCCAAAAUCUAGCAACAUGAGCCUGAAAAGUUUCUCUAUAAAUGAUUCAAUCCCUUGUGAUUUACAUAUUGUGGCUAUAGACUCUGGGGUGCCUCGAAGACCACCAGCUGGGAAACGCACAAACGAUCAGGCAAACUAUCCCAAGCUAGUUGAACUUCUCAUCAACAGUUCUGAAUAUGCAUCUGAAUUGUUGCAUGAAAUAACUGGAGGAAAAUUAGGGGUUACUCCAGAAGGUGCAACAACUGAUUUUCGUGAAGCUGAAAUGGCCCCAAUUGUGCAUGCAUUCAGAAGUGGAUUUCGAGCAGCACUCAGGGACCUACAGGGAUUUCACAUUUUUCUUCUUACCCUUCACCAAAAGCUAGAAGGCCUAUUGCGAGUAUUUCUCAAUAUUAUUAACAAAUCAUCUUGUGGGGAUAUUGACAAAGAGGAUCUAAUGGCUCCUGAAACUCCAUCACAAGCUAGAGGACCAGAGGUUCAUUGCCCAUCCUCACCCAGCAAAGAUCGUACCGUUGGUGAUAACACAUCAGAUUUAAAUGAUUCAGAAUCACAUAAAACAACUUCAAAGCCACCAGCAUCAGGAUUCAGGGAAAGUUUAGAUGGCUGCUCUCCAAUGUCACGGGAAAGCUGGCAAGGUAAGUUCAACAAGGGGAGUGCUGAACCCUUGCGUAGUGCAAAGUUGACAUCAAAGCUGCGGGAUUUCCACAAAUAUGCGAAGGUAGAUGCAGAAUUGAGCAAAGAGUUGGAACAAUGGAAUGAUAUGCUUAAAAAUGAAGUAAUUAAACUCUGCCAGGAGAAUAAUUUCAAUCCUGGAUUUUUUGAAGGUAGUGAUAACAAUUACGUGGUUGAUGCUUAUGAGUUGAAGGUUAGGCUUGAGCACAUUCUGGAGAGGACAGGAUUCAUAUCUGAUGCAGCAAACACAGAGAGGCCAUCUCCAAUCUCCAGCAAUCUGUUUAUUGGUGGAGCACUUGCCGCUAGAUCUGUUAACACUCUACAGCUUCUAGGAAUUACACAUAUUUUAUGUCUAUGCUCAAAUGAAAUUGGACAGGAGGAUUCUCAAUUUCCGGAUUUGUUUGAAUACAAAAAUUUUUCAAUAUGUGACAAUGAAGAUUCUAACAUCAGUUCUAUUUUCCAAGAAGCACAUGACUUUAUCGAUCAUGUUGAGCAAAUAGGAGGAAAAGUAUUGGUUCAUUGCUUUGAAGGGAAGAGUAGGAGUGCAACAUUAAUUCUUGCUUAUUUAAUGCUGAGAAAAAACUUCACCCUACUGCAAGCUUGGAACGCCCUAAAACGAGCUCAUCGUAGAGCCCAGCCUAAUGAUGGUUUCGCAAGGAUUCUUUUGGACUUGGAUCAGAAGCUACACGGGAAAGUUUCUAUGGAAUGGCAACAACGCAGGCCAUUGAUGAAGGUUUGUCCUAUCUGUGGCAAGAAUGCUGGAUUGAGCAGCAGUUCUUUGAAACUUCAUUUGCAGAAAGCUCACAAGCAACUAUCUUCAGGCAGUGUGGACAGCGCCAUGAAUAUGGAAAUACAGAAGGCAAUCGAUGCGCUCAAAAUAAGCCGAGGUGGGAGCGUCAGCCCCACGCAAAGACAAUCUCCUACGAUGACAGAAGAAUGAAUGGCUAAUCCAAAGCUACGCGUGAGGUGAGGUAUGUAUCCACUUCUUUGUAUCCAUGGUUUUGGUUUAGUUCAGCUUAGUUUCUGAGUUCUGACCAUGGCGUCCAUUAAUUUCUGUGCAAAUUUGUAUCCCUAACUAGAAACUUUCAUGUUCUUGUAGUUUGUUAGACACCUGAAAAUCUUUGGUAUUUAUUAGUGUUAGUCUGAUUUAAAAAAAGUUGCAUUAUAAAUAUUACUAAUAAAUUGUUUAA